AGUCGCGGCGGCCGAAGACGUACGAGCGUCGUCGAGCGUUGCCGAAGCGACGAACCCUCCGUCCUCGGCGAGCGUCGCCCCACCACAUCCAGUCGCACCGCGAAUGCCAUAUCGUGCGUUUCGUACGCGCGUUCUUCCGUGCCGCUUGUCCCUCGUGAACUACGGCUGGCCGACGUGUCGCGAGAGCACGCCAAUUCGAAUAUCGUUCCGUUUUCCGCGCGACGCUCUCUCGCGCUCCCGUCCCGCUGCCGCGUCGGAGCUCCCUCGCGAGAGGGAGAGAGAGAAUAGAUAAAGGGAGAGAAAGAGGAAAGCGGCGAAGAGCAGCGGCGCGCCACCGAGCGCCGCGAAGUUAGCCGUGUUCGGCGCGCGCGUUUCUCCCGUUUUCGCGACGCGUCGUCGGCGAGAAGGCGGACGGAGAGCGAGAGACGGUAAGUCGGGGGGGAGAGCGGGAGAGGCGCAGCGCGAGCGCGUGCUGCUCUUCGUGUUCCCCGCGAUCGGCACGAGACCGACGUCGGCGCCGCCCCGCCGUCGCGAGAGACCGAUUCUUCUCGAUGUUGUGGAAAAGAAAGUGCGCGAGUCAAGCGUGGUAGCGCGCCAAGUACGCGACAGUAGCGCAGGCAGCAGGCGGCCUGUGAUUGGCCGCUGCGGAACGCACGAUCAAACGCACGGUCCGUCUCGUCCCGCGCGAGCGACGACGCGAGCUAACCGCCGGUAAAUUCGACGAGCAUCGUGUCAUCGCUCACCGUGCUGGACGAGGUCGAGCGAAGGACAUCCUCGCGGAGUGGCGAGUCUGACGACGGGCACGCGACGCUCGAGAGUAACAGCUCUCACACCUACACACACACACACACACACACACACACAUAUACACAUACAGAGACACACGGAGAACGCGGAAACGGGGUGAGUGGUAGUCGCGCGCUCGAGAUGCAUUCCAGAUGGACGACGACGUCGCCGCGACGCCUGUAACAGUUGCGUAGCCGCCGUGACCGUCGCGUCGUACUCCCGUCACCGUCGUCCGUCUGAAUCCGCGAAUCGGCCGAAUCACGCGACGCGACGUGACGUGACGUAUCGACGAACCCCGCGCGGGUUAUGACGCGCCGCGCCGCUUAGGGACGCUUCCCAGCGCGUACCGCGUCCACCCGCGAGUCCCCGGUAGCCCGGCACGACCGUCCGUGCGUGCGUGCGUGCGUGCGUGCGUGCGUGCGACAUCGGCGUGCGACGAUGGGGACCAACGAGCCGGCGGCCGCCGGCGAGUCCUGGUCGUCGGCGCCGGCGACUAAGGGCUCGUCCUGCCUGGAGGCGUCGAUGCCGCGCAAGUUCCGCGAGGAGGUCCGCCGCGCGCGGGCCCCGGACCUCAACUGGGCGAUGUGUGCCCUCUGCGUGGCCAGCCUCGCCGUGUCCGGCGUGCUCUACUACCGCGAGCUCGGUCUGGAGUCCAGGAUCGCCAAUCUGGAGGCCCGCUGCAACGUCCAAGAGCUCUCGCCGUCGGAUGUCUUCGUGCAGAGACAACGGCUCGCGCCCGAGCCCAGCGCGGUCUUCAGGAUCAAGCGCGACAUCUCCGAAUGCAAUUGUCCCCCAGGUCCGCCAGGUCCAGUCGGCAAGAGGGGCAAGAAAGGGAAAAAGGGCGAUCCCGGGGAACCCGGCGCGCCGGGUGUGGCCGGGACGCCGGGCAAGAACGGUUUUCCGGGACCCAUCGGCUUGGACGGACCCAAGGGUGAUCCGGGCCGACCCGGGGACAAAGGACAGAAGGGCGAACUGGGCAGCCCCGGCUUCGACGUCUUUUCCGCAGUAAAGGUCAAUGCACAGGGAUUGGGGUUAAAGAGGUCGGUGACGACGCUCCGCGGCGGGACGCUCGGCUACGCGGAAAUCGUCGCCCUCAAGGGAGAACCGGGAGAACCCGGACCGCCGGGACCACCCGGCCCGCCAGGAGCCGAGGGUCUCCCCGGGCACGAAGGCAGACAAGGGAUUCCAGGCGAAAUCGGCGCGCCGGGGGAGAAGGGCGCACCCGGGCUGAACGGACCCGUUGGCCCGCCGGGAACGACAGGACUUCCGGGUCCGAGGGGUGACAAGGGUGAUAAGGGUGAUCGGGGCUUCACGACGACCUUGAAGGGCGAGCAGUUCCCGAGUGGAGUAUUCGAAGGCCCGCCUGGUCCACCUGGACCACCUGGGCCCCAGGGCGAGAAGGGAGAGCUGGGCCCGACGGGACCGCCCGGCCUGACCGGCGAGAAGGGUGCACGGGGAAAGCCAGGGAAGAGGGCUCUCGCAACCCUAUCGACCGGCGAUCGCAAGCCUGCGGCCUAUCGCGGUUUCAAGGGUGAGAGCGGUGUGACUUUGGCGAGGGCCCCCGGCCUGUCGGGUCCGAAGGGUGAGCCCGGCGAACGGGGUUACCGGGGCGAAAAAGGCGCCAAGGGAGACGUAGGUACACCAGGGCCCAAGGGAGACAUGGGACCGCCGGGCAUCACCGGGCUCAACGGAACCGAGGGCGAACCCGGUAUCCAAGGACCUCCCGGAUUACCAGGAAUAUCCGGACCUAAAGGUGAAAAAGGCGAAUACGGCGACAUCGGUCCUCCCGGACUCAUGGGACCGCCGGGUCUACCUGGGCCGCCGGGCUAUCCCGGGCUGAAAGGCGAGAAGGGAGAAAAAGGCGAAUCGAAGUACAAAAAGCUCCGGCGAAGACAGGGAGACGGCACGUUCGAGGUGAACGCCGGAGAAAUGAUAAUGGGACCGCCCGGACCUCCGGGACCCGCUGGUACUCCCGGACUGCAAGGUCCACCCGGAAUCAAGGGUGACAGAGGACACGAUGGCGCCAAGGGCGAUCCUGGAGAAAAGGGUGCCAAAGGGGAUCCUGGUCCGAUGGGACUGCCCGGCCCCAUGGGACUGAGGGGAGAGUCCGGAAAGCCCGGGGAUUCCGGGAAACCUGGCGCCAUGGGACCACCAGGAUUAGACGGCAUGAAGGGCGCGCAGGGCGAGCCAGGGACGAAGGGAGAAAGGGGAGAUCCGGGAUUGCCUGGUACCGACGGGAUUCCCGGCGCGGAGGGACCGAAGGGAGAGAAAGGUGCCAAAGGCGAAUCUGGCCCGCCGGGUAAACGCGGCAGAAAGGGUGACAAGGGCAACAAAGGAGACCAGGGUGUUCCAGGACUGGACGCGCCGUGUCCGCUGGGGCCAGACGGACUUCCCCUACCAGGCUGCGGCUGGAGACCACCGCAGCAGGACAUCACGAGCACAUCCUCGCCGGCGAUUGAGGGUCCCGAGCCCGCGGAGACGGAUUACGAGGAGCCGGAGGAGGAGUACGACGACUAUGCGGACCAGAACGGGAAUCUAGCCGAGCAAUAAUGCUCGUUUUUGUGCGCUGCCCUAAUCACUACCGACAACUACCACCACAUCACCACCACUACCACCACCACCACCACCACCACCAUCACCACUACCGCCACCCUCAUCACUCGUCUCACCCCGCUCUCCCAAACUAACGUGGUCCCGCCGAGGAGCAAUAUCCUGAGCAGAUGGCUGGAGGAGGAAGAGGAGGAGGAGGAGGAAGCGGCGGACGACGAGCGGCAGUGAUGUUGCAAGGACAAUAGCGCAUUUUUCAUAAGGACUCCUAUGUAUCCACCCGUUCCCGUCUCGUCACGACGCAAACGACCGCGUUAACGAAAGAAAAAAAAAAAGAAAACAAAUAUAUAUGUAUAUAUACAUAUAUAUAUAUACAUGCCAAAAAAUAAUCAUCUUGCCAUCAAGUGUUGUAAAUAUGUGUACUUACAGUGUCUAGCGUCCGCAGUGCGUGUACAUAAGUAUAAUUAGAGCUUACUGCGCCCAUUACGAUCGUAUCCGACGACGUAUCGUCGGCUCACGCGGUUUACCUGUAAACGUCACACACGAGAGUAUACGACGAUCGACCGGCGAUCGACACUUCCGGCACCAAGUGCGCGACAACUCGCCUGCCCACUCGGGAAUGAACAGAGAGAGAGUUCCGGGAAAGUUCGCGGUCCUCGUCGGAGCCGCCGGAGACGACCACCACGGAGACAAGACGGAACAAGCAGACACGAGAACGUCGUAAGAGAGAGAGAGAGAGAGAGAGAGAGAGAGAGAGAGAGAAAGAGAGGAAGAGAGGGAGGGGAAGAAGUUUAGGUGCCAGGAAAGUAAUUACGAAGACGCAAAGUGAAGUGUGCAGGAAGGACAUUUUGUGGACGAGCGUGAAGGUUUCGUGGUGCGAGUUGGGAAGAAGAGGCGCGUUUGCUCACGGAGUUAUCAAGUGGCCGAGCACUCGAACGCUCGGUAUAUCCACGAGUGAACGGUAUUUGUGGCAGGGACAAGCCCAAGAACUCCCCGGGCGGACUCGACGAAACGCGAUGACAUUCGCAGGACGAGGGGCAGAGAGAAUCGCAUUGCGCCAAUGGAUUAACUCUCUGGAUUAACUCUCAGUCUCGCGGUUGAACUCGCGCUCCGAAAAGAAAAAAGACGGAAAAUUCCCUUUUCACGCGAACAUUAGCACGAACGAGCGAGCCGACUCGCUCGGGACAUGAAACAUAUCGUUACACCUUGUAUACACGGAGGAAAUAUGUGGUAGUAAAAGUCACAUUAAAAUAACCUUGACUGAAAUUGUAGUAUAAAUUACUAGAGAAAUAGCAAGUCUGACGACCUACCGAAUAUACGAUAGAAAACAACAUUCAAGUAAUUACAAUAAUUUUGUUGGAAAGUGUCAAACUUGCGUAAUAUUUUUAAAUAAAUAAAUGCAUAGUAAUUUCGGUCAUAAUUCUAGAUCCAAGAUUACAGUAAUUUUGUUGUACAAGUCAUGUUGAAAUAAAUUUUUUACAAUGUUUUCCAUAAAGCUGAACUGUACAGAAAAAUUACAGUUUACAUUAAUAUAGAAAUAGUAAAACUGUAACAAAGCAAAUAUACGAUAUAAAAAAAAAUCAAGUGAAAUAAAGUACAAAUUCCCGAACACGUACUUAAUCCUGGACAUUCUUAUUGUUUGGAUCUUUUUAAAUACGAAUAUUUAAACUUAACAUAGAGUAUAUGUAUAUCUUAACAUAGAGUAUAUGUAUAUCUUAAUAUAGAGUGUAUGUAUACACUCAAUAUUUGUAUACUAUAUAUUUUAUGUUGAGAAUUUAAAUAUACUUAUAUUUAAAGACCAAAACAAUAAGAAUAUCCAGAAUUAAGUACAUGUCUGGGCACUGGUACAUUUUUACUUUAAUUACAAUAAUCUUGUUAGAAAGGUCAAACAUUUUUAAAUAAGUAUAUAGUAACUUCAAUCAUAACUUUGUAUGGUCCAAGAUUACAAGAUUUGUAACUUACAAAUUAAUUUAAGACAUUUUAUGUAAUUUAAGAUUAUAACAUUUGUAAAGAGAUUACAAGAUUUGUUGCAGUUUUUACUGCAAUAUUUUCUCCGUGUAUACAAGCGUCUCGGAAAAUUCUCAAUCGUACACUCUCGGAAUCUCGUGUCGCGGGAUCAGGUCGCCCAAGCUCAAGAGUUAAUCCCUACGUCACACAUGUCAGGCAUAUAUAUAUAUAUAUAUAUAUAUAUAUAUAUAUAUAUAUAUAU